UCGUCCUGUUGCGUGCUCAAGACGUGGGCGCGUGCUAUCAGUCUUUUCCGAGUUUUCAACAAAGAAAGAACAUCAAAUAUGGCAGACGCUCCAGCAGCCCCAGGUGGUGGCCGUGGUGGAUUCCGCGGAGGUUUCGGCACGCGCGGCGGCGACCGGGGUGGUCGCGGUGGCGGACCUCGUGGACGCGGUCGUGGACGCGGACGCGCCCGUGGCAAGGACGAGGCCAAGGAGUGGAUACCGGUGACCAAGCUCGGACGACUCGUGCGCGACGGCAAAAUCACGUCGCUCGAGGAGAUCUACCUGUUCUCGCUGCCGAUCAAGGAGUACGAGAUCAUCGACUUUUUCCUCGCCUCCUCGCUGAAGGACGAGGUGCUCAAAAUCAUGCCCGUUCAGAAGCAGACUAGAGCUGGUCAGCGCACCAGAUUCAAGGCUUUCGUAGCUAUUGGUGAUAGCAAUGGUCACAUAGGCCUAGGUGUCAAGUGUUCCAAAGAAGUAGCCACUGCCAUCAGAGGAGCUAUCGUUUUGGCCAAGUUAGCAGUGGUUCCAGUUAGACGUGGUUAUUGGGGAAAUAAAAUUGGCAAACCCCAUACGGUACCCUGCAAAGUUACCGGCAAGUGCGGAUCUGUACAUGUAAGGCUCAUUCCUGCUCCCAGAGGUACUGGCAUUGUGUCUGCGCCUGUUCCCAAAAAAUUGCUAACAAUGGCUGGGAUUGAAGAUUGUUAUACAUCUGCCAGAGGUUCUACUUGUACACUUGGAAACUUUGCAAAAGCAACCUAUGCUGCUAUUGCAAAAACUUAUGCUUAUUUAACACCAGAUCUCUGGAAAGAAUUGGAGUUGGCUAAGACACCUUACCAGCUCUUUGCUGAACAUUUAGCUAAAAAUCAUCGCGUGAUUGCUGCUAGACCAGUAACAUCAGUUGUUCUAUAAGUAUAAUUCAUUAGUUAUUAUAAGUGUUAAUAUUGAUUGUAUAUUAU